AUGGGGAUGCACGCAGGGAUGAACACGGGGGUGCACACGGGGAUGCACACGGGGAUGCAUACGGUGAUGCACACGGUGAUGCACACGGAGAUGAAAACGGGGAUGCACAUGGGGAUGAACAUGGGGAUGCACAUGGGGAUGCACACGGGGAUGCACACGGGGAUGCACACGGUGAUGCACACGGUGAUGAACAUGGGGAUGCACACAGGGAUGCACACGGUGAUGCACACGGGGAUGCAUUUGGGGAUGCACAUGGGGAUGCACACGGAGAUGAACACAGGGAUGAAAACGUGGAUGAACACGGGGAUACACACGGUGAUGCACACGGGGAUGAACACAGGGAUACACACAGGGAUGCACACGGGGAUGCACACGGGGAUGAACAUAGGGAUGCACACGGUGUUGCACACGGGGAUGCACACGGGGAUGAACACGGUUGUGGUGUUGAAAUAUUGUUACAAUGUUGCAAUUUCACUAGAAAUCAUAACAAAAUUACUGACGUAUAAACAAUGUGAAGAUGACGUCAUUCAGUCUAUUAUGGCGCAAGUUGCUGAGCAGUUCAACAAGGCGUUUAAAGUUACCGAGUUGAAAGAAGAAGUGAGCAGACGAUUAACCGCCGUGGAAAAGAGGGUUGAAGUGGAAGGACUGAAAGCAGUGGAAAUAGAGAAGUGUAAGCUGGAGUUAACAAAUAUCAAAGACCAGAUACUGGCCGCUAAAAAUUCUUCAGAGAAAAGGUUGUCUGCGACCUCUGCAACGUCAAUGGCCGACGCAUAUGGCAUGGAUGUCAAGAAGUUGAACCUGAAACGGGAUGUUCCCAAAUAUCCCAAGUACACUUUGUCUCAAGAAACCAUUGACUACUUGAAGAAACCAACAUUCGACAUAUGGCACUGGGAAUCUAACGAAAUGCUAAGUUUAUUGGAGCAUAUGUACCAUGAACUUGGUCUUGUACAAGAAUUUAACAUGAAUCCCAUCGUGUUGAAACGGUGGUUGCUGUGUGUGCAGGAAAAUUACCGCAACAAUCCAUUCCAUAACUUCAGACAUUGUUUCUGUGUGUCACAAAUGAUGUACGGCAUGAUCAACCUGUGUAACUUGCAAUCAAAGAUGGCACCGCUGGAUAUUGUGAUUCUGUUAACCGCGUGCAUCUGCCACGAUUUGGAUCAUCCAGGAUACAACAACACAUAUCAGAUCAAUGCCAGGACAGAUUUAGCUGUUCGAUACAACGACAUCUCCCCACUGGAGAAUCACCAUUGUGCCGUGGCGUUUCAAGUCAUGACCCAACCCGAAUGUAACAUAUUCUCUAAUGUUGAUGCUGAUUUAUUCAAAAGAAUCAGACAGGGAAUGAUUAUGUUAAUACUAGCCACAGAUAUGGCAAGGCAUAGUGAAAUAGUCGACUCGUUUAAAACAAAGGUUGAAAAUGGUUUUAACUUUUCCAAUGAAGACCACCUAAAUUCAUUGAAGAUGGUUCUUAUCAAAUGUUGUGACAUAUCUAACGAGGUUAGACCCAUGGCGAUAUCUGAACCUUGGGUUGACUGUCUACUGGAAGAAUACUUCAUGCAGAGCGACCGCGAAAAAUCAGAAGGAUUGCCUGUAGCUCCUUUCAUGGAUCGUGACAAGGUGACCAAACCCACUGCCCAAAUCGGGUUUAUCAAAUUUGUACUCAUUCCAAUGUUUGAAGCUGUUGCUAAGUUAUUCUCGGAGAUUGAUGUUGUCAUGGUUAAUCCAUUGCGAGAUGCGCAAGAGCACUACGAGGAGAUGAAGCUGAAAGAUGACCAGGACCAGCCAGCUGAAACAAGCAGAAACCAGGUGUAUAAAUGA